UUGGAGAGGAAGCCACCUGGAAAAGUAUAAGGGACACUUUUUCACAUGUGCAAAUCCAGAAUACAUAAAUUGCCUUUCUUACCUCUCAAAUGGUGAAGCUGUUGCAGGAGACUCAAAUGGAAAUUUGCAUUUUUGGCCGGAAGGAAGCAGAAAGCACCGUGAUGUCAUUAAAAAUGCACACAUGGGAAGCAUCCAAGCGUUGUGCGUCCUCUCACACGAUUUGUUGCUUACAUAUGGAGUCGAUGACAAACUCCUGACAUUAUGGGAAACAAGGGACGGAUCGAAGCAGCCAGCGGCAAAAAUUAAGAUCACAGGGGACCAUGGUGACGUUACAUCAAUAGCUGUUUCACCCAAUCAUCAUGAUCACAGUGUUGGCAAUACCGAUAUCUUUGUUGGGACGACCAAGAAUCGAAUUUUGCAGGGCACACUUAAAACACAGUUCAGGCCAAUUAUGAAGGGACAUAACAAAGAAACGACAUCACUGGCUGCAAACCCGUGUGACAAUUGCAUUGUGACAGUUGGUUUGGAUAUGUCUGUUACGUACAGAUCCGUUGAAGAUAACUCCAUAAUCUGGGAUAGAGAAAUUGAGUUUCCCGCAACAUCUGUUGCCUUCUACCCUUACGGAAAUGUUGUUGCUGUUGGCAUGGAUUCGGGAAGGUGGUGUGUUUUGAAAUCUGAAGAUGGACAACAUGUUGCCUCAUUUCAAUGCGGAAAAAAUGCGUUAUCUUGCAUGGCAUAUUCUGCAGAGGGAGGCGAUAUUGCCAUUGGAACAUCAACUGGAGACAUUUAUCUUUUUGCUGUGUACGACGAGGGCCACAGUUACAGACUGGUUGCCAGCGUUAAGUGCCAGGCCAACAAGAUCGUUGCCAUUGACUGGGAGAGGAAUGGAAGUCAUCUUAGAAUUUUGAGUGAAGAUUGGGACCAGGUGAUCUUGAACACAGAAAAACUGACAGAGACUCAAGAUUUACAAAUGAUUGCUGACAUGGAUUGGCAAAGCCAGAGUUCAACGCUGAGUUACUCUACAGCCGGGAUUUGGAAGCCUGGAUCUGAUCUGAAGUUUCUGUCAGCAGCGACGUCUGUUUCUGGUGAAAUUCUGUGUGCUGGAACGGAGUACGGACAGCUUCGAAUCUUCAACUUUCCAUGUUCUGACACCAAGAUGAAGUACAGAGAGUAUUCGACUCAUGUUGGCAGUAUAACCAAGGUGUGUUUUCUUCCAUCCAAAUUGCAUCUUGUUAGUGUAGGAAGGUAUGACAAUGCUGUAAUGCAAUGGCGCAUAACAUUGAGAAACACAGAUGACAUUGGAAUAAAGAGCAGCUACUACAGGGAACGCACAAUGGAGGAUCAAAUCGAAGGCAAAUCUUCUAGAGAAAAGUCCUCUAGUUUUGGUCAUCGCAGAAUCAGAGGCUCCGAGUCUAGACUCAGUGGUCCAUUUUCAAGAACAGGAUUGCACAGGGCGAAGGGAUCUUCUGUUGAAAACAUUCCAAAUGAUUACAACAACGUGCUAAAGAGGAUGGACACUGAUCAGAUGCAAGACUUUCUGCAUAGAAGUGGAGUGGGUCUGUCUGAAACAGAAUUAGCAGUGAACAAGUCUAUUGAUUAUCUUGAAGAUUAUGCUGUUAUAAGUCCAAUCACUAAGGAGCAGAAACAGAAGCGACAAAGGAAGGGAUCGUUGCCUCAUAUAACUAAAUAACAAGGUAUGGUACAUGAACGAUGAGAUUGUGAUCUGUGCAUUGAGUCAAUAUUGAAACAAUCAAGACAAUGAAAAACCAGACCUUCAGACCUUCAAGCUUUUUUUGAUUGAUAGAGAAAUUCUGCCAUACUGCAGAAAAGCAGAGCUGUGACAUUGUUCAAAACAAUGAUAUAUAUUUGAUAAUAAGAUGUUCCAGUGAUCUCCCACCAUAUAAUACAAAAAAAUAAGAACUUUAGAAGAAUUUGCACAAUGCACAUGAGAAUAUAUGAUAAUUUAAGAAGUACAAAAGUUACAAUUUGAUGCACAGUGGCAAUAGCAUUGCCUGCAUAUUUUCUGUUGAGAGAUUUAUAAGUUUCAUGAGAUGGAGAAAUGGUAUUUAAGAAUAUUUCAGUUUAGAGAGUAUUUAAAUGGCACUGAAAGUGGUAUAUAAACAUGUGUGUAGAAAUUUGGAAAAUGAUGUAUGAAACAGUGCAA